AUAAAAUAAAUAUUAACGGUAAUGGGUUCUGAGAAAAGAAGUGUAAUUUACACCGCAACUAUUGAGAAUCAAACAGAAGAUGACGAUUUGUUACCAAAAUGCUUUGAAAUCAGAUCUGAUGUGGAAGUGAAAGAAAUACCAAACACUGGUGAAGAAUAUCUUCUUAAAGUUGUGAAAGAACGUGCCAAUAUUGCUGCAGUAACUGUGUACGAUCACGACAUAACAAAGUUUACCAAAAAUCAAUCACGUUUUUACAAAGAGCCUCCAAGGACGAAAGCAGCACCAGAUAAACUUAAGCCUACAAUAGAAUGGCAAAAAAUUCAAAUUAAGGAUUUCACAGAUGUUCGCACAUACAUGAGUAACAUAAUUGCUAACCUUACCAAAAAAAAUUUGUGGAGUGGUAAAGUGAAAAAAAUAGUCAUUCCUGAUCAAUCACUUGUGGGAUGGAAAGUGUUUUUUGAAGACCAUGAUUCCACUGUGACAAAUAUGCUUGGGUUUAGUCCGGAACUGCUUGAUAUAGGGUUAGAAAUGCUUACAGAUAUUAUAAGAGAAGUUCCACCGGGUCACACUAUAGAGCACAAAACAGGUAGAUGGAUAUAUGCAGUCUUAGCUCGAAUAACACACCCUCCACUCUCGGAAACAAUAAACCUUCUAAGAAAUUUAGCUAGAGCUUGUGCUGAAAUUAGGUCACAUAUUAACCAAGAAAAUGAAGAUGCCUCAUUGAGGGCUGCACCUCUGAAUCUAUUUAUUUGCAUAGUUGCCAGGUAUUUCGGACAGUUGGACUUAGCUGAUUAGCUUGAUGAUGACUUACGUUAAAUAAUAGGUAAGACA